AUGGAAAUAGCUGGGAAAAGGCUAGGGAAUGAUGCUGCAAGUUGGUGCUGCAAAACUGGAUGGUAUAAGCUGAAGUAUAAUGUGUUUCAUUUCGCUCAACAGCUAAGUGUUCACGUCCUUAGGAUAAUCAUCAAGGGAUAUCCAAAGGAUGUGUUGCUCCCUGGUGAUUUCCAUACAUCUUCAAACAAAGGAAUCACUAAUUUGACUCUGAAGGAGGCUGGGAUUUUGGUUGUGGCCUUGAAGGUAGGCUCUAUGCAGGUCAAAAAGGUUUCUGAGGCUAUGCAAGCUAAACUCCUCAUCUCCAAGAUGCCAAUAUUAGAAGGAGCACCUCCCGCAGAAGGUUGUGUUCAUGAAGGAGGGCAUCAUCUUUUUGCAAACGGCCAAUCAGAUCGCCUAGGACUUCCCCAUGCAAAGCUGAGUGCGGCCACAUCUACUAAUGGAGUCAUCAAUGCUAAGAAUCACACCAUGAUGCAGGCGCAUGAUCCAGAGGUCAGACCAAUGUAUGACCCACACCCAAGAGGUCCAUUACUGCCGCACUAUGGUCUAGGCUUCACUCACUUCCUCAUGACCCUCAGUCUUGUCCUCAUCAGCCCUCUCAUGGCCCUCAACCUCAGUAUCACAAGGGUGGAUAUCAUGAUGCUCCAUAUCAUGACUCUCAAGAUAGUUAUGAUGGUUAUGCCAAGAGUUAUUGGCAUCCUCCAAGCAGUGCAUAUUUUGAUCUGGGAGGGAAAUAUCAACAUGGAUACAGGCAUGAGUAUCCCAGCGAGUAUCCUGAGGGCCUCAAGGAUGGAGAAUGAGUUCCUUAGACUUGCAGACCUCCUCAGCUGCAUUUGA